UAAAACUGUCGAAUGUUACAUUAAUCUUUUUCCCACCAAACACAACAAGUAAAAUACAGCCACUCGACCAAGGUGUCAUUCGUUGUUUCAAGGCAUAUUAUCGAAGUCGAUUAGUUAAACACAUCAUCAAGCGUUGCACAGUUGCAUUAACACCAGAUCAGAUCAUCAUUACUGCCUUGGAUGCAAUUAAUUGGAUAUAUCAAGCUUGUGCCGAUGUUACUGAUCUAACAAUUCGCAACACAUUUCGCAAGGCAGGUUUUCAACAUCGUCAAACAGUUACUAUGAUUAACAAUGAUAUGGAUGAAAUUAAUGAACUCACAUUCAAUUCAUCUCUUCCGAGUGAAGAAGAUUCACUUGAAAAACUUGAUAUUCUACUUUCUUAUGUAAAAAUGGGUGAAUUACAACUGACAGCCAUGGAAUUUGUAAAAAUUGACGAAGAUAUUCCAGUAUUUAAUGAAGUUAAUGAUAUUACAGUGCAUUCGUUAACAAUAGAAAUGGACGACAUUCAACAAGAUCAAGAUGAUGAAAUCAUUCAAGAAGCACCUCCAUCACUCACUGAAGCUCUUGAAAUGACUCGAAAGCUGCAUCUGCUCGCAUUCCCAUUUGAUCAGAGAAAAGAACGAAUGGAAACAACUCCAAUGACCUGCAUAAACCCAUCAGAUACACGUGAAGCUCAACAAGAAGAUUGUUCUAGCGAAUUACAAGAAGAUCUACUUGAAAGGUCAAACAUUGAACAAAAAGAUAAAAAACGGCGAUACAAUCUUAUUUUUGUAUCUACUUUAUUCACAUGCAUAGUAAUGACUGUUGCUAUUGUGAUAGUGUGUUUAACUACACCACAUAUAUAUAAUUCAUGCGAAUCAAAAUUUAAAUCAGUCAUAAGUAACAAUUCAUUUCAACAAAAUUCACAUCCACGUUCGAUAACUGUUGGCGAUUUCAAUGAUGAUCUAUGGUUGGAUGUUGUUGUUAGCAAUUCAGGAACGAAUACUAUUGGUAUAUUUCUUAAUUAUGGCAAUGGAACUUUUAAAGAACAAAUGACAUUUCCAACAGGAGAUAAUUCUAUGCCACUUUCCGUCACUUUAGGUGACUUCAACAACGAUACUUACUUAGAUAUUGCUGUUACCAAUUAUAAUACUCACAAUAUAGGUAUAUUUCUCAAUUACAAUAAUGGAUCUUUUCGGAAUCAAAUAACAUUCUCUACUGGUGUUU